CCCAACUUAGAACUUUAUAUUAAUAUGCAACUUAGAACUUUACAAUAACUUGCAACUUAGAACCUUACAAUAACAUGCAACUUAGAACUUUACAUUAAUAUGCAACUUAGAACUUAAAACUUUACAUUAAUAUGCAACUUAGAACUUUACAUUAAUAUGCAACUUAGAACUUUACAUUAAUAUGCAACUUAGAACUUUACAUUAAUAUGCAACUUAGAACUUUACAUUAAUAUGCAACUUAGAACUUUACAAUAAAACCCAACUUAGAACUUUACAAUAAAACCCAACUUAGAACUUUAUAUUAAUAUGCAACUUAGAACCUUACAAUAACAUGCAACUUAGAACUUUACAAUAACAUGCAACUUAGAACUUUACAUUAAUAUGCAACUUAGAACUUUACAAUAAAACCCAACUUAGAAUUUUACAAUAAUAUACUACUUUUCUGAGUGGCGUGUUAUUGUAAUGUAAAGUUCGUUUUACGUUAAUGCAAACCUUAGUCCGUUUAUAUUAAUAAUUGCAUCGUUCACAAAAGAAUAACAUGGUUUCGUACACAUUCUAAAUGAAUGAAAGUGAAUUAAUAAAUCCCAUAAUGGAGACUUCUUACCGUCAUUAACAAAAUCACGAUAUCAACAAACGAAUCUUCAUUCAUGUGUUGGAUCAACAUUCUCUAACUAAUGAAAUGAUGAGAGAUUAUAAAUAAUAUGAUGAGGAAUAAUAAAGUUCGGAACGCCCUUCUUGGAAGACCUUCAUAUAAUAUACUACGUACCUGAUGUAACUUGAAUUUAGAACGUAAUAUCUGACACAUGCGUUCAUCAAGUCAAGUACAUGUGAAGAGGUAGUGAAACAGAUGCUUAGUAACUGCAGAAAGAUACAACCAUUACUAAAUUGAGAUUAUAAUGUGGAAUUAACGAUCCUCGAAAGGUAAGAAGGAUGGGUGCCAUUGCUAUAUUUAGCUACCAUCAUUCCAAUCACCAGUCAAUUACAUAAUGGUAAGCGUUCAUUUUAAUAUUACGUCUCAUUUGGUUUUUUAUUUCUUGCAAGAUACACGUUCCAAAUCAUUUCGUUUUCAAUGUCAUUAAUUUUUAUAUUUUACUGUUUUAUCUUUGAUAAUUAUAAACAACUAAUGAUUUGUUGUGUUUUAGAUAAGCUACCAUUUAUGAGAAACGUUUGCGUAAAAUCAGUGCCUAGCUCCAUAGCUAUGCCUGAAGGAAUGUUGGUGAUACUGGAUCUAGAAUUCAUAAAUAUAUACCCGAUCAGAGAUUUGAGGAUGGAAUGGCGAAUUGGGUCGGUAAUAUUUAACCACACCAGCUUCAGUCAAAUUGGGCAAUUGGCCCACGCUAAACUGGUCAUUAAGAAGACCAACCUAAAAAUGACUGGGAAGAUCCUUGGAUUUCUCUCUGUGAAGACAGGCACACACUCUGAACUACUUACCGUGGUCCAGAGCUCCAGCGUCAUCUAUGACUUCAGAUACAAACGGGCUCAUUAUGAUCAAAUUUUAAAAAGAUGGAUCCGCCUUAAACAGAAAAAUGAUUUGAAAAAAAUUAUAAUUUAUCACAAUAAAUGGAAACAUUUUAUAAAAAUUGACUUGAGCAGGAAUGUUACUUUUGUACAGAAACAAGGUUCAACACUCUGUGAUCGAUUGCAAUUGAAGACAAUUAUACCCAGUAUAAGGCCUGGAACCCCAUCCUGGGCUUAUUAUUAUUUAGCCAAAAAUAAACAAAAAGUCAAACGUUUAAUCAAGCCCAAUAGGGUUAUAGAUAUAGAAAUCUAUUUUUCCUCUGAAGAAACCUCAACGUCUUCCAACAGUCGCCCAAACUACAGUGCUCCACCAAGACCCGAGAUCGGACGAAUACGAAGAUUAUUGCCCUCCAUUCCAGGAGUUACACCCCGUUACUUGCCACAUCAUCAAGUAAGGCCUGCAGUAGCAAAUUUGCCAUCACCAAGCCGCUUGUCUACUCGGGAGACUAGACAGCCUGAACCAGCGAUACGACGGGUUUUACCCGUCCCCGUAAAAACAUCACACGACCCCCAUUGGUGUGUUCCACGUGUAAGACGAGCAAUGACACCCCAGCCGGUUGUGAGUCAUCCGCAAUAUUUAGCAGUUCCACCGAGAUGCAUCCCCGAAUCCCGGGAGGCUGCACAUAGAACUCACUGCCAUCUUAUACCACUCCUCCCACCAAGCCGAUUAUUGCCUACACCUAUAAGAACGAUACCUAGGCUUGAUCGACAAGGGGCAGCUGAAGUACUUGCUCCAUUGAUUGUUAGCCAAGCACAGAAUGAGGACCACCUACAUGUGCCACGACCCGACCUAGUGUAUUUAGAAAACAAAUACAAACAUAUACGACUCGCAUCAACAAAAGUGACUGCCUCUAUAACACCCAGGUCGCAAUUAUUUGGAACCGGAUCACACAGUAGACAACCACCAGCAGAGAAUUUGCCGUCCACGUCGUCUACGCCUAGCACAGUGCGCUGCGAGUAUCCUCUAGAUGAAAGAGACACCCAAAGUACCUGGACAUCUCAACAAAAGCCUUAUGGAAAAACCGAUGAAGAAUCAGAUAUUACUCUCCCCCUCUUGAAGAACACUACCGAGGGGGAGAAAAAUCUACUCGAGUUUUUCGGAGCCCGCGAAGUUUUAUCUCCCCCUUCUCUACAGCUGACCAAGAUGGAUAGUCUACCGGUACCUUCAAUAUGUACUAUGAGGCUGGCGCAAAGUGAGUCAUUCCAUUAUGAGCAAAUAGAGUCAUUCCAAGAAACCGAUAAUAAAGAAGAUCAAGAAAGUGUUAUAGCGAGUAAAUCGUGUUCGUAUGAAGAACUUAAAGCCGAUUCGGUGAUAACAUUUAGUACAAAAGAUAAAAUUCAUAUAAUAACAAUACCGGAGCAAGACCGCGAUGAGCAGCUACCUAUAAGGUUCGCCAUUCCCGUGAGGCCGAGAUCAUUGCCGAGAAGGAUCUUAGCGAGUUGUGUUAGAGCAUUUGAGACGUGCUUCACACGGGUGAGCACGUGGAGCCGUUCGCUUUGUAGAACUGAAAGCUACACCAGGUCGAAUACCAUUUCACAAUCGAGCUCAAGCCUGAGUGGAUCGUUCCGACUUAGCAGACUAUUGGCGCGUGACCAACCAGCGCCGGUGUUCGAGGUAUAAGUGCUGUGUCGAGGCCUACCUCCAGCCUGCACUGGCCCUGCCCUGUCCAACUGGCAGCAGCCUCAUCAAACGACGAGAUACCAACGCUUACGACAACUUUCAACACAUCCAUCAGCACCGUAUCAUUUAAAAUAUUGCGUCAACUUAAAUUUUAAUACAAUUGUGUAAUAUGUUGUUAAUUUAUAAUAUGUAUGUAUACAUAUAUUUACCUGCUUCUGUUCAAAACUGCGAUACAUUUUUUUUUGUUAUCUAUUGUUAACGAACAUGAACGGGCUAUUGCCUGUUCAAAAACAAUGACAAGAUAAUUCGGACAUGACUUUCCACAAAUGGAAAUAACAGCCAAACAAGAUAUAUUAUGUUAUUAUACCGUCAUAUACAAAACUAUCAUAAAUACCAAAUAAAGGGUGUCCCAACAAGAAAGCAAGAUUUAAAUUUUAAAUAAAUCGUGAAAACUUUAUAAUAUCGUAAAGUAGAGAGGAUGAGGUUAUCUAUGGAACAAUACAUCGGGCAGAUGGCCGCCGCAGCUUUGCUGGCGCAUGCUACGCGAUCUUUUAAUGAAAUUUUCAAUGACCGUUUUGUAUAAAUGCUGCGGUAUUUCAUUCAUAUAGCGUCCAAUUUCCUUUUUAAGGGUUGAGUUGUCGUCAGCUUAUUCGCAUAAACCAUCGACUUUAAGAAACCCCAAAGAAAAAAGUCUAAUGGUGAUAAAUCACAUGAUCUAGGCAGCCAAUUCUGAUCUCCAAAACAUGAAAUAAUACGACCGGGACGUGACUGUAUGACAUGUGGCGCCAUCUUGUUGAAACCACAUGCCCUCUACAUUCAUUUCUUCAAUUUGAGGUACGAAAAAACUGGUUAUCAUUUUACGAUACCGAACACCAUGAGACUGUUUGCGCUUGACCUGCCUCAUUUUCAGUCGUGUAGCGCUCCAUUUUUUCUAGCCUCGUACCUUAUACUAACAAACAAUAACACGUGUUCAAAUGUCAACCAAUGAUACUUUGAAUGCCGCCAAAUUUAAAUCUUGCGUUCUUGUUGGUAUACCCGUUAGAAGAUAGAAAAAGUACUUGGUACGCAAUAAACCUGUGAAACGGAGUCAGAUCGUAAGGAAAGUAGCUCCAGCUCAACUAACCAACAAACCAACCAACUGGCUGUACAUGCGUACCAUUAACUUCGUAGUCUAGGAGAACAACCACAAUCACUUCGUCAAGAGUGAUAAAACAACACCAGCAUUGAAGAUAUGAUCCAUUUAUUAUUUGACAUUAAAUUUGAAGGAUCAUCGACUUUUAAGAAAUAACCUUAUUUUUUAACAAUACCAGAAGACUUAGAGCUUUUUAGGGGGAACAAAAAAUAUCACCUAAAAUUAUAAAGUAAAAUAAAAUAAAAGUAAAAUUAUAUGCGAAAGAAAAGCAUAGUGCAAUUUUAUGCUGAAAACAUAAAAAUGGAAGAGAUAUAUAUAUCUAUCUAAGAUAUAGCACAUAAAAAUACGACACAAUCGAUAGAAGUUUACAACUUCUCUUAUAUUUAAGAAUGACGCAUACAAAAAAUCGAAUCUUCAUUUUUAUGAAGAAAAUAAUUAAAAAUAGAAAGAAAAUACAUAUCACGUGUGAGUGCUUUGCGUAAUAACAUUGCCUGUUUCAUGGCAAACAAACACAAAUGAUUACACAAUGGUAAAAAUAAAACACAAACGUUUAACGUGAAAUGUUAUUUAUAAAGAAAUACUAGCUGAUACUUGUGGCAGAAUUUGAGCUUUUGAAUUAGUUUUUUCAAUGAAUAUUCUACAGCUGUAACAAAUGUCAUCAGAAUCGAUUCAGUGCCGUAUGUAAGGUGGUAUGUUAUGUUUAUUUUUUUUUGUUGUUGUUUUUAAACAAAACAAUCCCACGGGGUUUUCUCGUACAGAGCCCGUUCCUGUAAGGUUUCAGUGAUAAAAACUAUUCUGCGUCCUUUCCAGGGUCGCAAACCAUUGUUGUAUCGAAAUUCAAUCAAAUAGUUACAGUGGUUUAAAAGAUAGAGAGUGCCGGGAUUUUAACGCAUAGUUUCCGUUCCCGGGAUUUCUGGGAUAGAACUAGAGAUAGAGAGUCCCAGAACUCAAAACAUUCUUUUCUGACAUUCUGGGCGUCGGAAAUCACGCGACGAUCACCUAGCAUGACUACUUCGCAGAAAGAAGAGACGGCAUCCCAGUCCCCCUCGCUCAGCACCAUGACCUGAACCAAUGCCGGACGCGAGAGGUCACCGUCGCUGACCACAUCCCUGAGGACACGGCGGUGCUCAGCCCAUGCAGGGCACACCGCCACCGUUUGCUCCAUCAUGUUCUCUAGGCGGUUUUUUUAUCCCAGGAACAAAUUAACAAUAAAAAAAUGCUGCAUAUUUUUUAGCCAUGAAUCAAUUUUUAGCUUUCUAUUUGCGUAAAGUGUGAGAUCGGCACAUCCUAGCCUCGCAGUACAAAAGUGAAAUACUAUAGGUUUUAGAAGACUAAUAUUAAUAUCCAGCCCUGAGUUAAGAACUUUUUGAUGAAAUAUGUGGUGACAAAUGCAUCUAAAUGAAAUAAGAACAUAUGUAUUUGUUAUUUUCAGUAACGAUGUAAGUUACCAGCCGUAUUAGAACCUAAUGGUUUGGUACGUGAUGAUGGCAAGAGAUCAGAUGGUAUGUCGUUGCUGCCUUGGAAGAUGCGCCCUUGCGCCAUCUCAUCUUCUAAGUACCGCUGCAUGCGCUGGUGCGGCUGCUUCCGCGGCAGAGGACCUCAAGCGGCGUAAAUAUUCAAACUUAGUUAGCAACUAUUGUUUUGAGCCGUUUGGGUUCGAAACACUUGGAC